AUGGGAAUUUGUAAAUCAACAACAAAGAGUUCGAUUAAUGUUAUACAAUAAGGAUCCUUUGCCUAAAUCAUUAAUAAAGGACCUGAAAAGAAUGAUAUUGAAGCAUUGAUCAGAGAAAAAACUCAAUCUUAAGAUUUGUAUAAUCCAUACCGAAACCCAAUCCUAAAUCGAAGGUUGAGAUAGACAUAAGCUUGA